UUUUGCAAAACUACAUUAAAAAGAUACUGAGUCAUCUUGCACCUCUUUUGGUGCAGUAUAUUUGGCAAAAUCAGUCUUUUAACCUAAGUUACAAGCCCAGAAAAGUGGUCUUACAGGUUGUGCUUGCUCAGUGGAUGGAGGGGAUGAGCUGGCAUGUGCAUGUGACACAGCAGUAUGUUUCACUAGGAAGUGAACAUAUUCCCCCAAGAGUUGCAGUGGUGGAGAAAAAAUAGCCAAGCUGAAGAAUGCUGAGGAGGAAAUCCCAAGUUUACCCACUAUGGUGGCCACCCUCAUAGAUCAACUGAUAGAAGAUGUACCUGCCCAUAUUGGGGGUGCUACCAAUUUUGGUGAUAACAUUGAAGAUGAAUGGUUUAUUGUGUACCUCAUCAAGACAAUUACAGAAACCUUUCCUGAGUUAGUGGCAAGAAUAGAGGAUAAUGAUGGGGAAUUUCUGCUGAUUGAAGCUGCUGAAUAUAUCCCAAAAUGGUUAAACCCAGAAAGCUCCACUAACAGGGUGUUUUAUUGUCGUGGUGAAUUGUACAUUAUUCCUCUUCCUCAAAAUCCUGCAGAGUUGGCAUUGUUUCCAGCUGGUAGCCCCACCAUCUCUCAGGCUUUACUGGUAUUGUCUGCUCAUAUAGAAAAAUGUGUGACAUCAAAAUCUGUCCAGUCUUGUGUAAAACAACGUAUCAAAGAGUACCCAGAAAAGAUUAGUUCAAACCUUCAUCGGGCUUACUGUUAUGUCCCAGCGGGCAUUGCAGUAGUGCUUAAGCAGCACCCUCAGUUGAUAGCAUCAGCAGUUCAAGCCUUUUAUUGUCGAGAUCCAGUUGAUGUGAAAACUUGCAGUACUUUUAAAACCUUUUUGCCAGAAACCCGUGUGAUGACACUGGUAACAUUUACCAGGUGUUUAUAUGCACAACUACUGCAGCAGAGAUUCUCACCAGACAGACACAGUGGUUAUGUGCUGCCUUCUCCAUCCCAAAACCAUUAUAAAGCACAUGACCUGGGCAUGAAGCUGGCCUAUGGCUUUGAGAUCCUGUGUUCCAAGUUUACCACACCUUUGGAAUCAAAGAACCCUAUAACAAAGGAUACUUUGUGGAAUGGCUUUCUGAUGAAUUUGAAGAAAAGUGAUUAUUUCAAGGGAGAGCUGGAAGGGUCAGUCAAAUACAAGGAGCUGUUGCAAGUGGCUGAGAACUACUUCCAACAAUCUGUAGCUACGCCAGAAAGCUCCAGUUCGUACAGUCCUGGGGAAAAAAUCAUGAGUUUGCUGCAGUCUAUACCUUAUAGUGUGGAGGAGCUAAGGAAAGAGGAAGACAGUUUGCCUCCAGAGGAUGAUGAUAGUUGGCUUGACAUUUCUUCUGAGAAGCUGGAUCAGUUGCUGAGGGAUGCAUCAGGCCAGUCAGAAUUCACAAGCAACAAACAAGAGAAAGAUGACAAAUAUGACUUGAGUGAAGUCACACACAGCAUGAAGGCAUUCAUAUCCAAAGUGUCAACACAUGAAGGAGCAGAAGUCCCUUGGUCAUCUUGUGAGGCCCCAGUCCAGUUUGAUGUCCAGUCUUUCACUACUGCCUUGGAAAGAAUUCUAGGAGGAGAUGAUGAUAAUGAUGAUGAUCUUGACACUGAUGAUCUAGAAGAGGAUGAAAAUUAUCUGAACAACAGCAGUGACUCAGAUAAUGAAGGUAAAGACCACAGUGAUGUAGCAUCUGCUGAGGCUUUGAAGACUUUCCAUGCUUACAUGAAGGAAAUGGACAUGGAGUUAGCCGUUACUAAUAUUGGGAAAAGUUUCUCCAAACAGAAGCAGAUGGAUGCUAAAGAAGCACUAAACCCUUUGAAAGAUGGUGAAAGUGACUCAGAAGGUGGAGACAAUGCAGACAGUGAAUUGCAGCCAGUGGAUGUGGAUUUCAACUUGGUGGCAAAUUUGCUUGAGUCCUAUAAUUCCCAGACUGGUCUGGCAGGGCCUGGAUCCAACAUACUGCAGAGCAUGGGAGUGCAGCUGCCUGAUGACCAUGACCAUUGAACUUAGUAUAGACUUGUGUACAGUCAGGUGCAUUCAGAAGACAUUUUAGAACUCUACCUAUGAACAUGCUAACAGAAGAAGACCAGAGGCUACCAAGUAUGCCCACAUGUUGUAGUCAGCUCCUACACAGUUAUCCAUCCCUUGUUCCCCAUCAUAUUUGCACCCAUGUUAAGCUCUUUUGAAUUUCCCCAUUUGCAUUCUACCACACCUGCUAGAUUUAUCCUUUCUGCAAAGUUGUGUUUCUGUUAACUUUAAUGUAAAGCAACAAUGUUGCCAGCUAUGCACCUGUCUGCUCACCACGGUUCUUAAGUUCCAAUGACUUUCCCUUGAUUAUGCAGUGUGUCUGUAUCAUGUUUUUCCACUCCAUUGUUUCCAUGAUGGAGUACACCCCCCUCGCUUUCAGGCUUUUGUCAUACUACAGAUUUCCUGUCCUAUUUGCCAUCUUUGUCUACCUCCUUUGGACACUCCUAACCAGCUUAAUGCCCAUCUUUCCCCAAUGGCCACCAGAAGUGUGCAAGGUCUCACCCUUGUUCUGCAUAGUGAGACAAUGGUUGUGGAGUCCCUGGAGUGUAGUCUCCUUGCCAUACAUCUUAUUAUCCUGUUUGUCCUAACUAUAGGAUCUCUUGCAUUGCGUUAUCUGGUUUAACUUAGAUAAUUACACCCAGACUUUUCUCCCCUCUUUUCUCAGCUUAGUUCUUCACAGCUUUUACUUAGCUCCACCAAGUUACCUCCCUUAACUUGCAUAACUUUUCUCUCUCUUUAUUGUUGAAGACUUGCUGUCUUCUGUCCACACAUAUUAUCUGCCAGGUCACACUGAACAGUGUUCUAGUUUUAAUGCCAUUAACAGUACAUAUAUAUUCAUUUUCUAACUCCUGUAGCAUAUCAUCCACAAAAUAUGCUGGACAGUAGUCACUCACCAAACACCUUGAAAAAUGAAGGUCACUUAAAAGUAUCUUGGUUUUAUAAAUAUGCACUGUAGAAUAGCCUCUGUUUGAGCUUCCAGAAUUAAAUACAUUUAUUUUAAGAUCUCAUCAAUGUAGAAAAAGUAAAUAAGAAAAUAUAGAAAUGGCAAAGAUAAAACUGUGUAAGUACUUAUUUCCUAGCCACAACCUCUUACAUUUGCUAGGAAAAAUUUGCAAAAAGUAGAAAUUUUUAAUAAGUGGCUAUUUUUAAGCUAUCUGUGGUUCACCUUUCCCCAUAAUGAGUAUAUUUGGUAGAGGAAAACUAUCAUAUGAUUGUUCCACACACUGUUGAGUUGCAUUCAUUGAGAUUUGUUCCAUGUUCUUUUGUAAAAUAAAUCUUAUUUAGUCAAAA